AAACAUUUGAAACAUUUGAUGGAAGAAAAUCCGGAAAGAUUGAAAUUAAUAAGAGAGACAUCGAAAUGUAAUAGGGUGAUUGGAAAUUAGGAACUCUGGCGAAAAAAGCCCUAUAUGGACACCGAUUCGCUUCUGCAACGUUCCGCGUGACGUAACCAGUCCAUUUUCUCGCAAAUGAAAAGAGCAAACGUUAUUGUUAGUAACUGAUAAGUGGAGACCGCUGGUCAGGUAUUGGCUCGUACAUAUAAGACGUCUUCGUUGCUCGGACACCAGUAGAUCCUCCACUAGCAAACUCGGCAGCUAUCCGGUUUUGCCACCACAAUCAGUCGUUUUGCCAACCUCGAAGAGAACAAGUGACCUGUCAUCUUCGUAAUUAAUCGCGGUAAGAUGCGAUGACCCGCGGAAGGAUACGAAGAUGUCGAAGAUAAGCUUCAGUUCCGAUUUCUUCGAGAAAUCACGCGGUGAGUUUGUUGACUCUUGAACAUCAAGAACCGACGACCGAUUCCAGACUUGUUCGAUGGUGCACCGAAUACAGAGACGAUUCGAACGAUGAGAUUGAUUCUGGAAGAAACUUGGACGAUUUAAUUAACAAUCGCGAUUCUCGGUGAGUUUUCUCAGCUGGCUUCGCAGCUGCGGCAAAAUAAAUUCAUCGGUCCUUGAAGAGAAUCAUCAAGGAGAAAGAUAAUCGAUAAAAAUGUAUUCUUUUUCCACCAUGGCUGUGAUCGUCGCGAUAAGCGUGUGAAAGAUCGAGCGGGAUAUACGAAAGGCCGGCGAAGUGUGAUAAUCUGAUAAUUAACGACAGGAAUAUAACGCCUCGCUGCUCGUUGACUACCGAGGCCCAACGUUUUGGCAACAACCCACUUCUCCGGAUAAGGAUUGUUAUCGUCGCUGAAUCGUACCAGCGCGGAAGAUGUAAUUAUCGACAUUCGAUUAGAGACAGAGUGUACCGAAGAUAUUGAAAAUCAUCGAAUGUGUUCACGUCGCAUGAAUGUUUCCUGUAUGGGUGCGCGAGCUUGUUAUUUACGAUCGCGAACAGAGCCACGAGAUCACGAAGAGGUGUUUGCCGAGCAAAAUAAAUAAGUCCGUCAGUGGGUGAUGGUCGUUUGAUAGAAAGCGAGAAAUUGAGGCUGCAGUGAUACGAAUUGGACAGUAACGCGUGAAGCCUUGCGGAGAUCGAGUAUUGGAAAGUGAUCGAAACGAUAUAUGAAGAAUCGGUGAAGGAACUUGGUGAUUAAACUAAAGAUGAAUCGAGCAGAGCGAGUCGAGUGUUAAGUACAAAGUGUACGAAGCCUUUAGAGACUCACGAUCGAACUGAACCGAAAGUAAAAGGACUGAAAGGAAAUGGAGGACGAUAUUCCGAAGAUCCCGAUACCCAACGUAACAUUGUCGUCGUCCGAUCACGGAGAGAAACAAAAUCUGCUGCCACCUGCGUCGCCCACGACUCCCAUAAUCGUUAAACUAUCCAAGAACUCGAAUGCGACGUUCAGAAGCAGGAGCCGGUACAGGGCAGGUCCAACGCGCAAGCUGCGUCGUCGAGCGGUGCUGAAGAAUGGCGAAUGCAACGUUCUGCAGUCCCGCAUCUCCAGACGAUCGCUACGCUUUCUCCAGGACAUCUUCACGACCCUGGUGGACACUCAAUGGCGAUGGACGUUGUUGUGCUUCAGCCUGAGCUUCGGGCUCUCCUGGCUGGGCUUCGCGGUGAUCUGGUGGCUGAUCGCCUUCACCCACGGUGACUUCGAGGAACGCCACCUACCCCCGUUACAGGUCGAGAACAACUGGACGCCCUGCAUCUACAACAUCUUCUCCUUCACCAGUUGCUUCCUAUUCAGCAUCGAGACCCAGCACACGAUCGGCUACGGAAGCCGCUCGACCACCGAAGAAUGUCCCGAGGCGAUCUUCGUGAUGUGCAUUCAGAGCAUAGCUGGCGUGAUGAUCCAGGCCUUCAUGGUCGGCAUAGUGUUCGCGAAAAUGAGCAGGCCCAAGCAGAGGACCCAGACGUUGCUGUUCUCAAGGAACGCGGUGAUAUGCCAGAGGGACGGUGAACUCUGCUUCAUGUUCCGUGUCGGCGACAUGAGGAAGAAGAGUCACAUCAUCGGAGCCGCGGUUCGCGCGCAACUAAUCAGGUCCAGGACCACCAAGGAGGGCGAGAUACUGUCUCAGAAUCAACAGGAAUUGGCCGUCGGCACAGACGGCCAGAACGGUAACCUGUUCUUCAUCUGGCCGACCACGAUCGUUCACAAGAUCAACGCUGAAUCACCGUUUUACAACAUGUCCGCCGAGGAUAUGCUGUUGGACCGAUUCGAGGUCGUGGCCAUUCUCGAGGGAACUAUCGAGUCCACCGGGCAGACCACUCAGGCUAGAUCCAGCUACCUGCCGCAGGAGAUUCUUUGGGGUCACAGAUUCGAGCCGAUGGUCACGUACUCGAAGGAGAGGCAGGGCUACGAGGUGGAUUACUCGCUGUUCAAUAGCACCACGCAAGUCGACACGCCUCUGUGCUCGGGCAGAGAGCUCGCUGAGUUUUACAAGGUUCAGGAAGAUCUUCGCCAUGGGAACGGUGUGAUAGUCGACGAGGAUCUCCUAGGAGAAUCCUGCGCGGACGGUCAGUGCCACUGCAGUCAUCGUCCGUUCAUCGCGAUGAAUCACAAUCAAAUUCAUCCUCUGACGUACGUGGACAGCAUCAGAAGCGAAAACAGCGUCGACGAGACGGCGAAUUAUCGGAACGCUUACAGGGAUUCGAUCUGUCACGGACCUCCGGUCCCGCCCCGAGAGCACGGUCAGUACAAAAUCGUAGAUGUAGAGUCCGAUGAUAUCCAAGUGAUGGGCGAGGUCGAGCUACAGCACCUACCGGAAGCGGUGAACAGGGAAAUCCUGAAGAACAGUCGCGAGAUCAUCUACGAAGAACCAGAGACACCUGGCGAGGGAAGUAUACUUCUGAGACCAGCUUAUGGUCGUCGGAGUAUGAUCAGGUACCCGUUGCUCGACGAAGAAAGGAGAUCGUUGAACAGCUCCAAAAGAAACUACUACCACAGAAAUAUCCUUAGAAGCUUGGACGAAGACAAAAGGUCCCCCGAUGGCUGCAGAAGAAACCUGUGCGGAUCCAGAAGGUAUCUCUUGGUUCCUCUGGACAGCAAAACCUCGGAUCUCGGCACCAGAGAGAAUGUAAUCGCCACGGGACGACACACGGGAAGCAAGGAACACCUGAACGCGCUGAGAAAGAACGGCUGUGCCAAAGGAUCUAAAGAGACCCCCGAAAUGGACACCAGAGAGAUACUGGUCUCGAACGACGAUAGACUGACGAUCGAGUCGGAGAAGUUCCCGAAACAAACGCCUCUUCGUCAGCACGAGGUCGCGCUAUCCGAAGGCAACGGAACAUCGUUGUUGGACCCUAACUUGUCGCCGAACGAGUACUCUUCGUCCCCGAAAUGUCGUCAGUUGCCUGUUCCGGUGUCACCGAUCUCUCCGACGUCGGAUCUUUCGCCGGAGUCGGGUUUCUACGAAGGGGCUCAGUGGAACUCCAGUCCAGAGUACAUCAGGAAGGAUCUCCGGCUUCCUAACGCGUCUGUGAUCACGAAGAAUAGAAGGAGCUACGAGAACGCGCAGUUACAGGACGUUAACGAGGCCCUGUCUAGACCUAAUAGUGAAAAUAGUUCACUGGACAGUGCGGAAUCCGUGAAGAAUAUAGCGAACGACAAUGUUCUUCACAAAUACGGGGAGAAGAACGUUGUUACGAAACAGGCGAUCUCUUACACGAGCGUCUGACGAGAACACAUAACUUUCUGUGCCUUUCUCCGAACGUAUAACUUCCAAGUGCCAGUGAAAAACGUGUUGUACAGUCAGAACAAGCGUUUACUUCCGAAACAAGGUAUUCGUAAUCGAUCGUUACUCAAUCCUCGACUACCGCCAUUGGAAAUGUCCAGGCGAACGGAUAGGCUAUAGCUCGACGACUUAGGUAUAAUCCCUUAGAUUGUGGUUUGAGCGCGAUGGAGCGAGUCUUAGGGGAUGAAAUGUAGAGUCGUUGUUGGAUGUUAGCCUGGUUUAAAGAAAGACUAUCCAAAAACGGAAGGCAUCAAACGUCUUAAGGUUAAGAAUCGAAACUUUGUCAUGUACUAUCUUAAAAAAUUAGAUCUUUCGCAA